UUAUUGGACUCGAAAGCACAACAAACAGAACUGGAAUGGAUUUCCUCUCCACCUAGUGGGUGGGAAGAAAUUAGUGGUUUGGAUGAGAACUACACUCCGAUAAGAACAUACCAGGUGUGCCAGGUGAUGGAGCCCAACCAGAACAACUGGCUGCGGACUAACUGGAUUUCUAAAGGCAAUGCACAAAGGAUUUUUGUAGAAUUGAAAUUCACCUUGAGAGAUUGUAAUAGUCUUCCCGGAGUACUGGGAACUUGCAAGGAAACCUUUAAUUUGUACUAUUAUGAAACAGACUACGACACCGGCAGGAAUAUAAGAGAAAACCUUUACGUAAAAAUAGACACCAUUGCUGCAGAUGAAAGUUUUACACAAGGUGACCUUGGUGAAAGAAAGAUGAAGCUGAACACUGAGGUGAGAGAGAUUGGACCUUUGUCCAAAAAGGGAUUCUAUCUUGCCUUUCAGGAUGUAGGGGCCUGCAUAGCAUUGGUUUCUGUCAAAGUAUACUACAAGAAGUGCUGGUCCAUUAUUGAGAACUUAGCUGUCUUUCCAGAUACAGUGACUGGUUCAGAAUUUUCCUCCUUAGUUGAGGUUCGUGGGACAUGUGUCAGCAGUGCCGAGGAAGAGGCAGAAAAUUCACCCAGGAUGCAUUGCAGUGCAGAAGGAGAGUGGUUAGUACCCAUUGGAAAAUGUAUCUGCAAAGCAGGCUACCAGCAAAAAGGGGACACUUGUGAACCCUGUGGCCGCAGGUUCUACAAAUCUUCCUCACAAGAUCUCCAGUGUUCUCGCUGUCCAACCCACAGCUUCUCUGACAGAGAAGGAUCCUCAAGAUGUGAAUGUGAAGAUGGGUACUACAGAGCUCCUUCUGACCCGCCAUAUGUCGCAUGCACAAGGCCUCCUUCUGCACCACAGAACCUUAUUUUCAACAUCAAUCAAACCACCGUAAGCUUGGAAUGGAGUCCUCCAGCUGACAAUGGGGGAAGAAAUGAUGUCACCUACAGAAUAUUGUGUAAGCGGUGCAGUUGGGAGCAAGGAGAAUGUGUUCCAUGUGGAAGUAACAUUGGAUAUAUGCCCCAGCAGACGGGAUUAGAGGAUAACUAUGUCACUGUCAUGGACCUGCUUGCCCAUGCAAAUUACACUUUCGAAGUGGAAGCUGUAAAUGGAGUUUCUGACUUAAGCCGAUCCCAGAGGCUCUUUGCAGCUGUUAGCGUCACCACUGGUCAAGCAGCUCCCUCGCAAGUGAGUGGAGUAAUGAAGGAGCGAGUGCUUCAGCGGAGUGUGGAGCUUUCCUGGCAGGAACCAGAGCAUCCCAAUGGAGUCAUCACGGAAUACACGGAAUAUGAAAUCAAGUAUUAUGAAAAAGAUCAACGAGAAAGGACCUACUUAACACUGAAAACCAAGUCCACCUCAGCCUCCAUUAAUAAUCUCAAGCCAGGAACAGUGUAUGUUUUUCAGAUCCGGGCUUUCACUGCUGCAGGUUAUGGAAAUUACAGCCCCAGGCUUGAUGUUGCCACUCUAGAGGAAGCUACAGGUAAAAUGUUUGAAGCGACAGCAGUCUCCAGUGAACAGAAUCCUGUUAUCAUAAUUGCUGUGGUGGCUGUAGCAGGGACCAUCAUCUUGGUGUUCAUGGUGUUCGGCUUCAUCAUUGGAAGAAGGCACUGUGGUUAUAGCAAGGCUGACCAAGAAGGGGAUGAAGAACUCUACUUUCAUUUUAAAUUUCCAGGCACCAAAACCUACAUUGACCCUGAAACCUAUGAGGACCCAAAUAGAGCUGUCCAUCAAUUCGCCAAGGAGCUAGAUGCCUCCUGUAUUAAAAUUGAGCGUGUGAUUGGUGCAGGAGAAUUUGGAGAAGUUUUUUCAGUGGCCAUAAAAAGCAUAAAAGUUGGUUACACAGAAAAACAAAGGAGGGACUUUUUAUGCGAAGCAAGCAUCAUGGGGCAGUUUGACCACCCAAAUGUCGUCCAUUUGGAAGGGGUUGUUACAAGAGGGAAGCCUGUCAUGAUCGUGAUUGAGUUCAUGGAAAAUGGAGCCCUGGAUGCGUUUCUCAGGAAACAUGAUGGGCAAUUUACAGUCAUUCAGUUAGUAGGAAUGCUGAGAGGAAUUGCUGCUGGGAUGAGAUAUUUGGCUGAUAUGGGAUAUGUUCACAGGGAUCUUGCAGCUCGAAAUAUUCUUGUCAACAGCAAUCUUGUUUGUAAAGUGUCAGAUUUUGGCCUGUCCCGGGUUAUAGAGGAUGAUCCUGAAGCUGUCUACACAACUACUGGUGGAAAAAUUCCAGUAAGGUGGACUGCACCUGAAGCCAUUCAAUACCGGAAGUUCACCUCAGCCAGUGAUGUGUGGAGCUAUGGGAUUGUCAUGUGGGAAGUAAUGUCUUAUGGAGAGCGACCUUACUGGGACAUGUCGAAUCAAGAUGUCAUAAAAGCAAUAGAAGAAGGUUAUCGUUUACCAGCACCCAUGGACUGCCCAGCUGGUCUUCACCAGUUAAUGCUGGAUUGUUGGCAGAAAGAACGGGCAGAGCGGCCAAAGUUUGAGCAGAUAGUCGGAAUUCUAGACAAAAUGAUUCGAAACCCAAGUAGUCUGAAAACACCCCUGGGAACUUGUAGUAGGCCCAUAAGCCCUCUUCUGGAUCAGAGCACUCCUGACUUCACUGCCUUUUGUUCAGUUGGAGAAUGGUUGCAAGCUAUUAAGAUGGAAAGGUAUAAGGAUAACUUCACCGCAGCAGGUUAUAACUCACUUGAGUCGGUGGCCAGGAUGACUAUUGAUGAUGUGAUGAGUUUAGGGAUCACACUGGUUGGCCAUCAAAAGAAGAUCAUGAGCAGCAUCCAGACUAUGCGAGCGCAAAUGCUGCAUUUACAUGGAACAGGCAUCCAAGUGUGA